CUGAGCAAUGUGCAGGCUCGAGGCUGGAGCUCGCAGUGCAAUGGCAGGAGCCAAGGGGGACUAGACGCCGCGGGAGAGUCAAACCCAUGGACGGGACGUGCGUCGGGUGGGAUGCCAUGAACAACUGCACCGAUCAGCAGUACUGGGACACCCUCGUCUGCCAGUGCAUCCCUUGCAGCCUCGUAUGCGGCCGGCCCACAGUGAGGAGGUGUGCUGCCCUGUGCGAGUCCAUGGACUGCGACAGGAGAGCCGGCUUCUACUAUGACAAGCUCCUGAAAACAUGCAUCAACUGCACCACGGUCUGCGGGCAGCACCCGAAGCAAUGCGCCCCGUCCUGCGAAGCAGGUGCUCUGGGGGCCACCCCCCCUCCGCCAGCCGCCCUGGCCACGGCCUCGCCGCCGGCGGCCGUGCUGGAGCAGAAGGCGUGCGCGGAGCAGGAGCCGUGGCUGGUGGUGUAUCUGCUGCUGGGGCUCUGCCUCUGCGCCCUCAUCUGCUCCCUGCUCCUGGGCUGGACCCACUUGCGGAGGAAAGGAGAGGUGGUGUCCUGCCAAGCCAGCGCUGGGACCUGCCACCGCAGGGAGGACUCCUCCAAAGAUCGUCUGGUGGAAGCGGGCAGCGUUGGUGAUGGAUCCACGGGCAGCAGGGUCCCAGAGCCGGUGGAAACCUGUGGAUUCUGCUUCCCAGGACACAGCUCUGCCGUACAAGAGACCAAAUCAUGCCACAGCACCUCCUACCCCAUAGGGGAAAGAGCUGCUCCCUCUCACACCGGGAUAUGCAGCACGGGAAGCGCUGGGGCCAUUCCCAGCCCUGACGACGGCCACUUCAAAAUCAUAUGUUCUCCUUCACAAGAGAAGACGCCCAUGGCGUGACCGUAGUGAAUGUUCCUGCACAGGAUCAGAAAGGAGGGAUGCUCCCUCUGCCCCCAAAACACAGCUGCUUCACCCUCCGUUUCCAGUGACUGUAACAGCUUCUACCAGGACCGGUGGACCUGGCAGUCUUUGCCCAAGGGCUGUAGGUUACAGACAGAGCUGUUUUCUUCCACACAGGAAAUUAAAUUCUCGUUAUUCUCAUGCACUUCCAGUGAUAGAAGUCGCUUCCCAUUUAGCAGGGUCUUCAUCCUCCGACUUGACCUCUGCAGACUCCUCUGUGCAUCCCAGUCCUUGGGAGUGACGUCUCAUUGGGGCUUUUCAUCGUGGCUCCACCAUCACCAUCACUUUGUCUCUGCAAAGGGGGUUGAUGCAGAGCCAGGAUCAGACUGUGGUGUCCACCAGUCCCCAUGGAGAGCAUACCUUCCCCUGCUUGAAAACUCUACUGUGCAACACAAGCGCUUUACAAGCAGAGCUGUAAGCAUCUUAAACAUGGACUCAGACCCAAGAAAAUUAUAAUGACCACCGAACGCCACUGCCAGGCUCUCAAGAGUGGCGUGUUUUCUGACUUUACCAGAAGUUUCUUUACAUGACAGAGUAUUUGGUAAGACACAAUGCAGAAAGCUCCACUGCCAGCUUCCAACACUGCUUGGGACGGGAGGAGCUGGGACAGGCACCAAAAUCCACGAUGGAAUUGAGUUUAAAUGUGAAAACUCACCCAAAGCCGAGAACCUGCUAAAAUACUAUUUAUGUACAUCUGGUCUGAGUUACUCAAAAUAGCUGGUAAAAGUGAUGAACCAGCUAGAGAUAAGAGCUGCUUUGAGGGAACAUUUUUAUUUGACCUGGCUUUGAAAGCUACUAUGGAAAAACAUGGGUUUCAACACGUAACUUGAAGUUCUCAUUUUCACUAAAGGAGAAUGUAAAAAUUUUGCGCUUGAUGAGAAAUCACUCCUGGUAGUUGUUCAUCCUCUUCACUUUCUAGGACUAGAGCUUCAAACUUGGAAGGAUAAAUACAAGUCAACAUAUGCACAACUUGCUGGGAAAGUAGAUGGCUGGAGAAAACAUGAGCAGAUAGUUAUAACAGACUCUGUCCCCUCCAUACUAUGUAUUUCUUCAAAUGUCAAUGUCUUCUUAUCAGUAAAGGAGGCACCACCUGGGGGGUGACCAUGACAAAGCCAGUGCCAUUGAGUGAUGUCUGGUCACAGAGCAGAAAGGUGUUAGGGCCACAUAAAACCCAUUAGAAUGAGAAAGCGCAAGAGGUGGUUUAAGGUGAGGACUAAGAGCCCAUGUGUUGGUCCAACAGCUGGUACAUGGGGAAAAGUUUUGCUGUCUUGAAUUGCUCCAGGAACCAACCUGGCAAUUCUUCGUCUCGUUAUCCUUGCGUAUUGCCUGUCAUCUCUUCCCUGUUUAGCAAAGUCCUUAUCCCACAGUAGCACGAGGGAUGAGUUUUGUAUUGUGCUGCAUCUGCAGCUGAAGGGACCAAACAAGCCUUUUCCAAAACC